AUGUUUGCCUAUUGUGACAUGACUUUCCGUUCCGAAGGAAAAGUUGGUUGGAAGGAAUCCGAGAUGCGUCCGCACCGGAAACAAGAGGAGGAUUACCAUUUGGCUAGGAAUGUUGUUUUAUGCUAUCCUUUCGUCUGUCUUCGAGCACGCCUGGGCCUCAUCCACAUCCCCAGUGGGAAUCGAACCGCGGUAGUGCAGGGUAUAGUUUUGAAAUGCUGCAAAUUCGCCAAACUGUGGGAUAAUCGUCACUUUAAAAGCGAACUAGACCUCUCUCAUUCAACAUGCGUUUUCGAUUACGGUCGACAGCAUUAG